AGCCCCACGAGGAAAAGAAAGGGCGUCGUCGCAGCGAGGGAGUCUCGCUCCUCCCUUCCUAUUCCCGUCAUCUGGCAGCGGAUCGUUCGCUCCUGGACAACCAUAGCAAGCGAGAACAUAUGCCCAAUAACGAACGUAUCGCGACCCUGACCGGUGGGCUAGCUAAAAAGAGGGGAAGGAAGGCCAGAGAAAGUAGGAGGUGCGCGUCGUUUAUCCCUCUUCGUCGGGGUGGGCGUCGGGACGGUUCCCUGCGUACGCCCCUGUCUAACGAACCUGUGCUCGCUGCCAGCAAUUGCGAGGCGAGCGCGACCAAUCAGGCGCUCCGUCCGAUCGUCUCGCGGACGGCGACGUUGCCACCUCGCGUACCGCCCCACGGCGAAAGUAGUCCUCUCAUAGCGGUAUUCGUAGCCCUGUUUUCGCGAGGGACGGCCGACCAACACGCUGUCGCGUACGGAUAUAUACGUGCACGUGUCCGUGUCGAGAUCGCGUUGGGGAAAUUGGAUCGCCAGGUGAACCCAGGAUUAGCGUGGCCGCGGCAUUUCGUCGGUCAGAAGCCCAGGAGGAGGACGAACGCGGUACGAGAGCGUCAAGCUCCACCACCUCUGCGUGCCUACGCGGUGAUUUUGGCGGCAAAUUCGAACCGUGACUCGACGACUCGUCGCCGCUAAGCAUUGUUUACGGAGGAACUGGCGUGGAGGUGCCCCGAGUAUCGACCAAGGAAGGGAAAGCGUAGAUCGCUGGGAUCACUGCGCUCGCGCGCGCGUGCCCGCUGGUGCCCGCCCAACGUCCAACGCUUUUAUGUGUGUAUAGUUGGCUUCCUCGUGGAACGCUGGCGGUACGGACCUUAGUGAACUUCGGUGUAUACUAUGUCUAGACGCUCCUUGUAACUAUCGCCGUACGAUAGACGUACUUUUUACUGUAUUCCGUAUUAUACAAUGGCCGCCUCGUCGAGGUGAGACAGGAAGCGCGCGUGGCGUCUGGCUCCCUGGAGGGAAGAGAAACAGUAGCGGGAGCGUGGACGUUUCCACGGAGGAGCACGUGCCAAUUCGCGAGUUAGGUGGAGUCCCAUGCGCAAAGUGGGUGGAGGCUGCAUCGCGAGGCUGCCUUCCCCGUUAUCGCAGAUCAAAUGCUCGCUGACUAAGUAUCUCCAUGUAUCAAGGACUAAUCAGUUAGCCCAAUCUAGUACGUCGAAGGAUGGAUUCCUAGCACAAGAGUGUUCGACGUAAAAUUACCGUUAACGUCGACAUUGUUUUCCUUGGAGAAUAUACAACACAAAUAUUUUCACCAUGAAGCGAACCGUGGAUGGAAGAAGCAUCACCCAGGAGGAGAUCGAGGACCACGAUCCGUUGCAAGUGCAACAACAGCAGCAAGACGAAGUCGACCAGCAGCAGCAGCAGCAGCAACAGCAGCAGCAGCAGCAGCAACAGCAGCAAUUGGAACAGCAAACUGCCCAGCCUCAGAUACGUUUCCUAAGCGCAAACGUUUUGCAGCAGCUGCAGCAACAGCAAGAUGUUCAGCAACAAGCACAGCAGCAGCAGCCUCAAGUCAUCACGCUGCAGCAGCUGCAGAAUUUCGUGCCUUUACAAACUCAACAGUCCCAGCACGACCAACAGAGAGCGCAGACGAUUUCCGUGCAGUCUCUCCCUCAACAAUUCUUGCAAGGUGCUCAGUUAAUCAGCACUCAGACCCAAGCUGCUCUCCAGCAGCAGCAGCAACAGACGCAGCAGCAGCAAGUCCAGCAGCAGUCCCAGCAACAGCAACCCCAGCAACUUAGCUAUAGUGUAAUUCCACAGAUGCAAACUGUUAACAUUGACGGCCAAGAGGCACUCUUCAUUCCAUCUUCUGCUAUGUCUGCCGCAGGCGGACAUCAUCAGACCCAGCCUGCAAUGCAAUUUGCUACAGCUAGCGGGCAACAAGUUCAGCUUGCUAGCCAGCAAGUGCAAUUGGCUAACGGUCAGACUAUUAUCACGCCACAGCCUGUCAGUCUGAUAAGGGCGCCCAAUGUCUUUCCCACUUCUAUCAUUCAGAACAUCACUGGACAAACUGUUCAGUUACCGUCAGGGCAGAGCGUGCAAGUUAGGCCACUUCAGUUCCCCAUGCAGCACGUACAGCAGACUGUGCCAGUGCAGGUACCAGUCACCGCCAGCAAUGGUCAAACUGUGUAUCAGACGGUGCAUUUUCCAGUCCAAGCGUUGUCCAGUGUUUUCAAUAUGCCCACUACGCAGAUGAUACCUCAGAUCACUCAGCAAAUUCCCCAAAUGGCUCAAAUAAUCACCCCAAACGGACAAAUACAGCAGGUCCAGAUCGCGAAUCUGCCGCAGCUUCAAAGUUUACAGAGCCAGCAGGUAACGCAAGUCGCCCAGCAAGUGGCCCAGCAACAGGCUCAACAGCAAACCCAGCCGCAAGUAGUGCAGUCCGUGCAACAGCAACACCAGCAGCAAGCUCAGGUCCAGCAACAGCAGCAGCAAGUGCAGCAGGUCGUCCAGCAAGUCAUCCAGCAGCAACAACAGCAACAGCAGCAGCAGCAAGUUCAGCAGGUCCAGCAGCAAUCAUCCGCGCCGUCGUCAACUGUCGCAACAUGGAGCACGACUGUGUCGACUCCCAGCAACGUCCAGGUACUUGGGAUUGGUGCUCUUGGAAGGCCAAUUACAGCUAGCGGUAACGUUAUCACUACCAAGGACGGGCAGAAGAUCGACGUGCAGACGUUGUCCGCUCUAGCGAGGCCACCAGAAUCGGUCGAAGGCGAUAUCAAAGUGACCAGCAUCGAUGCUAGACAAUUAGCUAGUGGCCAAGUCAUUCAUAUUCCUGCGGCUCAAUCAGCUCAGUCCGCUGUCCAGCCCAUCACCAUCACAGGAACCCAGGCGCAGCAGUUGACCCUGAUUCCUGCAUCAGCGUUGGCGAAUCUGACCGCCCAACAAGGGAACAUGAUGAGAGGCGUCGGCAGCGGAAGCAUAAUGCAGAUCCAGCCUACCGGAGGAAUGAGCACGGCAAACGGCUGCGUCCUCCAGUCGAUCCCUGUGCAGAAUAUCCCGGGUCUAGGUAACGUGCAAGUGAUUCCUGCGAGCGCUCUUCAGCCUGCCAACCUCCAGACCAUGCCCACCGCGACCACACCCAUCGUAGCUACACCAACGGUUCAACUAGACUCGAACGACGCUACUAAAUGGCAAAUCCUGCAGACUCUUCAGUCCAAUAAUACGCUGUCGACGCCCGCUCCCGCGUCUCACCAGCACCAAGUCAGCACCGCAGGAUCGACCAACGUGGACACUGAUUCUAAUAAACAGCAUCGAAGGAGAGUUGCCUGCACGUGUCCCAACUGCGGCGAUGGUGAUAGGAAUCGAGACCUGACCAGGAAACGCCAACACGUCUGCCACAUAGCCGGAUGCAACAAGGUGUACGGGAAAACGAGUCACCUGAGGGCACAUCUGAGGUGGCACACGGGCGAACGACCGUUCGUUUGUAGUUGGAUAUUCUGCGGGAAGAAGUUCACCAGAUCCGACGAGCUUCAGAGGCAUCGCAGGACCCACACCGGGGAGAAGAGAUUCCAGUGUCCCGAGUGCACGAAGAAAUUCAUGCGGUCGGAUCACUUGACGAAACAUAUUAAGACGCACACGAAAAUUCGAAGCACGGAAGCAGCUACUUCAACGCAGGAAGGUUCCUCCGACAGCCAAUCUUCCACGGAAGAGAAAAUCAUCAUCGCCCUCCACAAAGAUACGGAGCAGUCCGACAUCGUCAUCACCGAGCAGAUAGACGAGAUAAAGGCUCAGCCAACGAAUCACGUGACGAACGAGUAAAGUGGAAUCCUCCGUCUCUGAGGAUUUAGGAGAAAUUGUUAGUUAGUUGGUUGUUACGUUAACGACGUCGACGAAAGACGAGAUUUGUCAAUAGCGUUAUAUCGUUUAACGGGAGAGAAUAACUUUUUACAGGGAUUAUCGUAAUUCGUAAUGCAUAUUGAUCUAUUUUUGUAACGAUGACGAUUUGUAAAUAUGUAUAUAAUGUAUAUUAAUGUAAAAAGUUUUUGCACAAAAUGAAUUUUACACUUAUAAACGGUUUUUGAUAUUGCGAUUCGUAGGGAUGGUUCAGUCUUUCACCUUAUUAUAGGAGAAUCUUUUGUUACGCGUAGGGACGAUGUCGCGUCGAAUGAAUCGUUUCAGGCGUAACGUUUAAAUAGACUAAUAUAAAGUGUAUACAGGUAAAAGGUAAGACUCUUUUGCUUUUAGUUUAAAAACACUUGGUCGUUUGCAAAAUCUUUUGGAACAGCCUUGUACCAUCCACACGUGUAUCUUAAUUACAUCGUUAACUAGAAUGGCACCUUACGGCACUUAUAUUGUUUUCCAUAGCUUUGAACAAUAGAUCGUGUUUUACAAACUAAUUUACUUGAUUUAUCUAAAAAAUCAAUAGAGAUUAUUGUCAUCUUAUUGAUCUUUCAAUAAACCAGUAAAUAGACAAAUUCACGCAUUAUAUUCCUUGUCGCUGAAAAGUCGAGAUUCGAUUUAAAGCAUAUUUCUAUUUUACUUAUUUCAUUUAGCAAUCCCGAGGUACCCGAGCUACCUACAAACAUGUAAA